AGGGCUACGUGCUGCGGGGACCUUGCUUGUGCAGAAAGCUCUCUCAGCGCAAGUUUUCGCGAUGACAGCUGUAAUCGGUCAAGCGUCAGCACUGCUCUCGCUGCUGGAUCAAGGCUCUUCGUCCUCCGCCUCGGGCCUGUCUCUCGAGCGAGCGUCAGCGGUCCAAGACGAGUUCUUGCACGCUAUUCAAGAGGCGAAGAUUCUAGGUUCUUUGGCAGAGAUUGCUUUUGGCACGUCCGGGACCAACUCCGAUGAUACCCAAGGCCAAAUCCACCCUCACGCCCAGAGUAAUGGCAAGGAGAGCUUUGCAGCUACGGCGCUAGCAGCAAAUGCUUCAUCUUUGCUGGUAAAAUUUUCGAAACGUGCAAACUCGCUGCUACCGGGAACAACUCCUCACCACAAGCAAGACACUUCUUCCCUGAUUCAAUCACAUGUACUAGGCUUCAAUCUUGCCCUCGCGCUCACCCGUCAAGUGGGCUGGCCGAUCAUUUCGUUUGAGGACAACGCGGUCCUAUGGCUCAGCGCCGCCUUUCAGAUUCUACAGGCUUUCUGCAGCCCUACGACCGCGCAGAACCAUAUCAGCAGCGCGAGAGAAGAGCACAUGCUGGAAUCUGCGAUUGAGCUCGCCGGAAAAGAAAUUCUUGGCUUGGCAAACGGUUCGGCUGCUGGUAAGAGCGGCAAUGCAGGCGGUGUGAUGCAAGGUGGAGAGUUCAUGCGCACCGUCAUCACUCCCAACCUUCCCAAGUAUGCUCAGCUCCUAACCAGUGCGCUGGAGAGCUCACAAGGGCGUGGUGAUUUGCGGGCAGUUCGCGUCUUGCUCGAUGCAAUCACAUCCGAGCUGCAUACCUAUUCAUCUCUGUAUCGCCCUCUGAGCGCACGCAUCCAUGCGUGUUGCAUUCAGCUGCUCUUCCCUCCACAUCUCUCUCCAUACGCGCUGCCUCCGCUGGAGCUAGUUCAAUCCGCAAGCAAGCUGCUCAUCAACCUACACCGUACAGGGGCUUUGUCUUCCAAGGUCAAUGGUGCCGAAGCAUUGAGCAGCACAGAGAAUACUGCCGGUCGGGCCAACACAAGAGCCACACAAGCGCAGCUGUGGACCGCUACUAUUGAAACAGCAAUUGGAACAUUCCAGACCUUCGUUGAUGCGAGCGUCAGCACAAUCCUGCCAUCUGCAAGCGCAAAUCCGUCCCAUCAAGCAUCAUCGUCGAGAGGCUCGAGAUCUAUACAACGCCCGACGUUUCAGAUCCACGAGGACUGGCGACCCGACGAAGGACAAGACUCGGUGCUCGAGCACACAUCGCAUCUAACAUUCCUGCGAUACAGCCUCUUUGUCCUGCUCGAGAUGCUGCGACAACCAACAGCACCGCAAGCUGUCAUCUCGCUGCCUCUGCGCUCGUUUCUGCUUUGGGCCACCGGCAUCAGUCCUCCUUCUUGCGGCGUGCUCCGCAUGACGCGCAAGUACAGCGUUCAGCGACCUGGGACAGAGCAGAGCGUUUUCGUGCUUCAGAUGACGAGCUUAGAGGCUACGACGCAGCAGGCUGUCUUGCUGGUAUUGCUUCGCUUGUUCUCGCUCGCAGGUGCAGGCGCACUCGAAGCCGUGCGUCCCCCUUCUUCAAGUGAUGGAGACGCUGGCGGGUCGUCGCUGCUCUGGACGUUAGUCGACCUGUACGAUGCCAACACCAGCGCCAGAGGCAGUCAAUCGCCAUCAGACUUUGGCUCGUUGCUGCUGCGAUCGAUAGCCUUUCUCAUUGGUGGCAAUCUCGUCAGCAAGGGAGAAGAUCCUACACAUGGUUUGGCGCUUCCACUAGAACCUUCGUCACGCCUGGUUUCCCGACUAUCUAAGCUCAGCGCAUCGACACUCGCUCGGUAUCUGCUCGGAUCGACUACGCGCGAACGCCUCGCAUCUCAAGGAGGCGGUGCUGCAAAGUUGGUCGAACUUAGCACCUCUGGGCGACCCAGCAAACGGUCCAAGAACAGCUCUGGUCAAGCAUUCAACACCGACACGAUUUUCGGUAGCGUCGGCAAUGGCAUUCCCGCGCACAUCUCGCGGGACGAAGCUGCUGGUGUACUGGCAAGCUUUAACAUCCUUACAUUCCUCUACCCACACCUGACGGCUAAGAUCAGCGCCGACACGGCGGAUCUCGCAACGAUGACUGCGGCUCUGGCGCGGGCUACCGUUGAAGCGACGCUCGUUUCAGGCGUUGUACUUUCUACAAGCUUUGCCUGUGGACAGAAGGAAGCAGCAACGCUGCAGGUCAGGAUUGUGGUCGGCAGCUUACACUUGCUCGACGUAGUCCUGCACCAUUCAACCAGCUCGACGCUCGCGCUGAUCUUGACUGGCUUGCACGUAAUGCUUUCACCCGCCGCCACAGAUUGCUCGGGUACGUUCGACCCAAUGGUCCGAACUGCGGCUCAGCGAUGCCUGGCGACGUUGCAGAAGAUUGUACAACCGCGGAUGGUGCCGGUGCCAGAGUGGAACUUGGACGUCGUGGAUACCAACAUCGCGUGGGGUUCCGCCAACCCGGCAGACAAGGAGGAGAAAAAGGUAGACAUUGAUGACGCGCACAAGCGUGCAUGGCUGGAAACAGCCGCAAAGGACGUGUUGGAGUUGGAUGUUGACCUGGAGUGGACGGCCGCCUCGGCAAACCAACUUGCGCAAGGUGGGCCUGCAGCUCCGCCGGUGCGGUCCUCCGCUGUGCAUGGGUUGCAAGGCACGGGCAGCAAUCAUUCACGGCAGUCACCGCCGGCGAUAUCGACAGAUGCAAGGCAUGAGGAGAAGGAUGUCGAACCAAUUGAUCAAGUUGGUCAAGCACAACCGAAGCGCAUACAUGCGCCGCUUGCAAGUAGUACGGCCAUUGAAUCGGUAUUGCAGCCCAUUUUGGCAGCCUCCGCUGAGACGAUUGACGCUCCGACUGCGCCAACGGACGGUCUGUUUGCAGAUGCAGAUGCGGCUGUGGAUACACGCGCCCCUACGCCGGGCACCAGCAGCAACCUCCCGGCCCCUGUGGCUUCGUCCGCAGUCUUUGAGCGAGCAGACGACGGAAUGCACGAUGACAGUGAUAGCGACAUUCCAAGCAUCGAUCCUGGGAUGAGUGAUGACGAAGAUGAGCUGUAAUGAUGUACUCUUAUGGUGCAAAAGAGAUAACUGAAUGCAAGG